AUUAAAAGCAAGAGCUCAGAGUUCACAACCUUGACUGAUCCACCUUACCACAUAUACUCUGCAGCGCUUCGUUGAACGCUAUAGCUUCAGUGUAUCUAUUUCAAUGCAUACUUAGUAUAUGUGUCACACUGAGAUCUUCAAACUGGACACUUCAACGGUUUCCUGUGGGAUUAAGGAUUUUUACGGCACAGAUAUGCACCUUCAUAAGGUCCUGAUUUUUAUCACAUGGAUUCUUUGUGCAUAUUCUGGGUUGGGAUCCUGCUCAGAAGAUGAGACGAAACUGGUGAAAACCCUGUUUAAGGGUUAUAACAAAGUGGUUCGUCCAGUUAACCACUUCAGCGAUGCUGUAGUAGUCACCGUGGGCCUGCAGCUUAUCCAACUUAUUAGUGUGGAUGAAGUCAACCAGAUUGUGACCAGUAAUGUCCGUCUCCGACAGCAAUGGAAAGAUGUGAACCUGCAGUGGGAUCCAGAUGCUUAUGGAGGCAUCAAAAAGAUCCGAAUUCCUUCAACAGACAUAUGGAAGCCCGACUUAGUUCUGUACAACAAUGCUGAUGGUGAUUUUGCCAUCAUUCAUGAGACCAAAGUCCUGCUGGAGCACACGGGCAUGAUAACAUGGAACCCACCUGCAAUCUACAAGAGUUACUGUGAGAUAAUUGUCCUUCACUUCCCAUUUGACCUCCAGAACUGCAGCAUGAAACUGGGAACCUGGACAUAUGAUGGCACUCUGGUCAUCAUCAACCCAGACAGUGACCGACCAGACCUCAGUAACUUCAUGGAGUCAGGUGAAUGGGUGUUGAAGGACUACAGGAGCUGGAAACACUGGGUUUACUACACAUGCUGCCCUGACACGCCCUAUCUGGACAUCACCUACCAUUUCCUGAUGCUGCGGCUUCCCCUUUAUUUCAUUGUCAAUGUCAUAAUUCCCUGCAUGCUGUUCUCCUUUCUCACUGGACUAGUCUUUUACCUCCCUACUGAUUCAGGCGAGAAGAUGACUCUGUCCAUCUCUGUCCUGUUGUCUUUGACUGUCUUCCUGCUGGUUAUCGUCGAGCUGAUUCCCUCCACUUCCAGCGCUGUCCCUCUCAUAGGGAAAUACAUGCUCUUCACUAUGGUUUUUGUGAUCGCCUCCAUCAUCAUCACGGUCAUCGUCAUCAACACACACCACCGCUCGCCCAGCACACACACCAUGCCGGCAUGGAUCCGCAAGGUCUUCAUUGAAACCAUUCCAAACAUGAUGUUUUUCUCAACAAUGAAGCGACCCAGUCAGGAGAUCAGCCAGAAGAGACUGUUCCCUACUGACAUGGACAUAUCAGAUAUUUCAGGUAACCCCACUCCAGCCAGUGUAACCUAUAAGUCUCCCAUCAUGAAGAACCCUGAUGUUCGGAGUGCCAUUGAAGGAGUGAAGUACAUUGCUGAAACCAUGAAAUCAGAUGAAGAAUCUAACAAUGCAGCAGAAGAAUGGAAGUUCGUGGCGAUGGUUUUGGAUCAUAUCCUGCUGUGUGUCUUCAUGGCCGUGUGUAUCAUCGGAACGCUUGCCGUCUUCGCUGGGAGACUAAUAGAGCUCAACAUGCUAUGAAAACCUAGCCCACAAAGGAGGAUGUGUACAAUAAAAUUAGAAGUCGUGCUUUGAGAGGGAUCAGAAUGGUUAAUUUAUGGACCCUUUUGAGGUUGUGAUG